GGUCAUGUAAACCUGUACGGAAGGAUUUAAAGGUGGCACCGGAGAGUGCGGGCAAAUUUCACAGCAAGGAUGAAUGAAUAUAUAAACACAAAGUGUCGUUUUGGGGUGGUGUAUCCGACCUGGUGCUGUAUGACGAGUUGUACUUAGUAGCAGAAUCUUUUAUAUGCACGUUUAUUGAUUUUAUUGAUCAGUUUUAUUGGUCGUUUUUUACAGGAUGUUACAUUUAUAGGUGAUACACCUGAUGUAGCUUGAAGCAGUUACACUGAUACUAGAUAGUUUUUCAUUGUUUGUCUGUUUAGUUGAGUUUGCAUGUCUGUGUUUACAGGAUUUGACAGUGAGGCAGUUUAGUACUGUGAAAUUACCCUUGUCUAUUAUUAAUCCAGUGUAUCUAUAGAAGCCUUAUCUGUAUGUACACAGUAACUUAAAGUCACAGUCCAGUCAAGUGUAGCUCAUAUAACAAGUGUAGCUCAUGUAGCUCAUAUAACAUUAUACAUUGUACACUAGUAACUGAUGCCAAGGAUGUACACUAUCAAAAUGUCUGCAUUUUGCACAAAGGCUGUUUUCCAAAGCUUCAGGUGUACCAUUCAGAGAGUCUCAGUGUCCAUUCGAUUUGUACCAUAUCGAACUUUCUUUGUGAAGAGCAGCCAUCACAUUCUUUCUCGAACACCCAAAGUGGCGUUGUUGUGUUGGGGGGCAGGUGGACUGACUUAUGCUUCAGCACAGGAGGCCGUGCUUCCUCGGAGAACUCCAGAGAAAAAGUCUCUUGCCAAAGUGCAGGUCCACAGACUGAUGUUUGUGUUGCGGCUGGGCAUCCGUGCCUUGGUCCUCCUGCUGAAAUUCAGCCCGCUUUUGCUGCUGUACCCACUGAGUCUGCUCUCCCAGCACUGGACAACAUGCUGGCUAGACGCCCUGCUCUGGGUCACGGAGACAUCUGGUCCGACGUUUAUCAAACUUGGCCAGUGGGCCAGCACGCGACGGGACAUCUUCUCCCAGGAGUUCUGCGAUCGCUUUUCCCGGCUCCAUGUCAGGGUGCAUCCUCAUUCAUGGACUCACACUAAGCAAUGUCUGACACGGGCCUUUGGGGAAGGAUGGAGGCAGCACUUUGUCUUUGACAGUAAGGAGCCUGUGGGCUCAGGAUGUGUGGCGCAGGUGUAUCGGGCCAAGGCUCGAGUGGCAAGCGUGAAAGACCCGGCAUUCCUGCAGCUGGUGGAGGGCCUUGAAAAGGAGGACCUGCUGGAAGCCUGGGAGGUCCCUGGCUUUGGAGGCACUUUGGGUUAUUUAUGGGGGUCAGAGAAAGGAGAUGAGGAGAUGUCUGAGAAUCAAGACGGAGGUUCUGAUGAGCUUCCACAUGCAGAGGAUAAGGGGCUAAUACCAGUGGCAAUUAAGGUGCUUCAUCCUGGUAUCAGGAGACAGGUUCAGCUAGACCUGAUUCUGAUGAAGGCAGGCAGUGUGCUCAUCAGCUGCUUACCAGGCCUCAAGUGGCUCAGUCUACCUGAAGUAGUGGAUGAAUUUGAGAAGCUCAUGACUAAGCAGAUAGACCUUCGUUUUGAAGCAAGGAACAUGGAGAAGUUCAAGAACAACUUCAAGGACUUGGAAUAUGUCAAGUUUCCAACACCGCUAAGACCUUUUGUCACAAGUACAGUCCUGGUUGAAACGUAUGAGGAGAGUGAACCCAUUUCGAACUACCUUAGAUCUGAGGUUUCUGUGGAUGUGAAGCAGAGAAUUGCCCGGAUGGGGGUGGACACACUGCUGAAAAUGGUGUUUGUGGAUAACUUCGUCCAUGGAGAUCUCCAUCCAGGGAAUAUCUUGGUUCAGGCGGAUCAGGGGGUCUCACCCCAGGAUAAAGCCACUCUGACGGAUCUAUGGGACACGGUGGUGGUCAGCAUGAGACCUUCACCUCCUCCAUUACAGCUGGUGCUGCUGGAUGCUGGAAUAGUUGCCCAGCUAAGCGAGGGUGAUCUGCGAAACCUGAGAGCUGUCUUUACUGCUGUCGUACUCCAACAGGGGGAGCGUGUAGCAGAGCUGAUUCUAAACCAUGCCAGGGCCAACGAGUGCCAGGAUGUGCCACGCUUCAAACAGGAAAUGGCUGAGUUAGUGAACCUUGCUGUCAGUGACACACUGUCUCUGGGGAAGAUUCAGGUGGCAGAGCUGUUGUCGCGAGUAUUUGGAUUGCUAAUCCACCAUAAGGUGAAACUGGAGAGCAACUUUGCCUCCAUUGUGUUUGCCAUCAUGGUCCUGGAAGGCUUGGGCAGGUCACUGGACCCAAACUUGGACCUGCUGGAGAUUGCUAAACCUCUGCUGUUAAAGAACUGCACCUCUUUUCUUACCUGAACCUCAUAUCCACAGUUAUCCAAUUUUUACUCCAGUGUUUAAAUGUAGCUAAUACAAAUAAAGAACCUGCCCACAGUUACAUAAUGUAGUCUCCGAACUGAAUAUGAUGGGCACUUAUUCCUUUACCGGACAUGAACGAUGACAUCUACAGUGGGACAAUCAGGGCCAGUGUGUGUGUGAAGUCUCUCCAAGGAAAAUUUUGGUUUUAAUUGCCAGUCCUUAGAAGUCAAGACAUUACUCCUAUACUCCGAUAGUAAGUAAGCCUGAAACUAUUUUUAAGACUAAUUCUCAGAAGUUUUAGUCAUACCCAGAUCCACAACCGUUCCCUCCACACAUUAUGAACAGAAAACCUCAUUGUCCUGCGUGCCAGGAAACACUGCUAACACAAAUGUAACAUCUUUGUAAAUUCUGAAUUGCUGGAAUGCAUCACAUGUUAAGACAGAUCUGAAAUGAAAGAUUGAGCCAGAGCAGUGAUGACUGCCUGAAAUAUGAUAAAUUGUAUGUCAUUUUUAAUAAAUAGUUUGUGUUUUUCCCUAAAACUGAAAUAAAAUAUGGAGGUCCAUGCAUUA